GAAAAAUCUGUCCGGUUCUCUCAGUACCAAUCUGUUUACUCUAAACCGGUAAAAUGUUGAGCAAACCGGAAUAAAGACAUGGAAUGUGUUGUCUACUUAUCUUCGUUGUUUAGUACUGGAAAAUCUUAUCAUCGUCUGUCUUUAUGGUUGUGGGAACCAUGGCAGAGAGAUGGACGAACACGGCUCUACUAGUUAUCGAUAUGCAGAAUGAUUUCAUAGAAGAAGGUUCUGUGACGCAAGUGAAAGGCGGAAAAGCGAUAGUUCCUAAUGUUAUCAGAGUGGUCGAACUCGCUAGGCAGCGUGGUGUUCUCGUGGUUUGGGUUGUUAGAGAACACGAUCCUCAAGGACGAGAUGUUGAGAUUUUCAGGCGUCAUCACUACCGUUCUGAGAAAGUUGGACCGGUUGUUAAAGGAACCUUAGGUUCAAAGCUGGUGGAUGGAUUGAACAUCAGAGAAGAAGAAGACUAUAAGAUAGUGAAGACCCGUUUCAGCGCGUUCUUUGGCACACAUCUCCAUUCGUUCCUUCAAACUUCAGGGUUUACCAAGUUAGUCAUCGCUGGUGUUCAAACGCCAAAUUGUAUCAGGCAAACGGUAUUUGAUGCAGUGGAGCUGGAUUAUCCAGAUGUAACUGUUAUUGUAGAUGCCACGGCUGCUGCAACACCAGAGAUUCAUACCGCGAAUAUUCUGGACAUGAGGAACAUCGGCGUCAAGACUCCUACGUUACACGAGUGGUCUGAAGAAUUUGCAUGAUGGAUUUUCGGAUGACAACAUAUCAACCCGUCGUCUAUCUUCUUCCACCUCUUUUUCUUGUCUUUUUAUAUAUUUGUAAUCGAAAGUCUGGAUGAAAAUAAAGUUAAAAAUAUUACACUUAUUAUAACGCCGCCUCUUUGAGUUUGGGAGCUGUAAACGAUUUAAUGUAUGUUUUAAUAAUAAUAAUCUAUUACAAUAAA